AAUAUAUUUUUGAAGGAACUGUGACACCGAAUAGUUUAUGUUUGAUUUUUGUGGCGAUUUUAUCUUGUCAGGAGAGGGAGGGAUUUUUUUUACCGGGGGAGGGCGGUUUAAAAGGCCAUCCACACAGCCAGAGGGGGACAGAAAGACUGUUAGACGGUGCCGGGGAUGGCAGGGUCCAGAGCGGGGAAUGGCGGCGGCCUCGUCAGCCGCUGCUGAAAGGACGCUUUCUCCGGGCGCCGCCGACACACACCGGGACCGGGAGACUGCAGCCGCCAGCCCACCUCAGGGUAAAACAGAUGACCGAUCUGGACGAAUCCAUUGGCAUCUAACUGUGUUUUCAUUGAAGUUAAGACAGUAAAAGAAGCUGGUCUUAACAGCCAGCAGCAGAUGUUGCCUGCUGAUCAUUCGUAAAGAUUCAUGGCGUGUUUCUACUUCGCUUUGGUUCCGGAUAGACCUGCACAAACUUGGAGUAGACGCUGAUAAGCCUUGCGGGUGAAGAUAUGUUCCGUAACAGCCUAAAGAUGCUCCUCAGCGGUGGGAAGUCUAACCGCAAGAAUCGAUCAAGUGAUGGCGGGAACGAGGAACAAUCAGAACGGAGACAAACAAGCAUAGAUUCUCGACAGAAUCGGUCUGGGCAAGGUGUGUCCAAUACUGAGAACGACUGUGCUUUUGAGCCAGAUUACGCUGUGCCGACCCUCCCAGUUUCUGAAGGAAUGCAGCACAUACGGAUAAUGGAAGGGAUCUCCCGCUCUCUCCCCUCCUCCCCUCUGCUCACACACCAAUCUAUUAGUGUCCGCCUUCAACCUGUAAAGAAAAUAACAGCCCCCCUGAGGAAGGCGAAGUUUGUGGAAAGCCCUCGAGUCCCAGAAUCGGAGCUCAGCUCCCCAACCAGAGCCACAGCCAAGAAGCCAGACUUGGAUGCUUUCUGCCCUGGUGACUCAGAACAGGAACUGGGACCUCCACCAUCUGUGGAUGAGGCUGCAAAUACACUCAUGACACGGCUAGGCUUUCUACUGGGAGAUAAAGCUUCAGAGGUACAACAAAGCACAGAAUACAGUAUGGAAGAACAGGAUGAAAACCAGACAUCUACAGAAACACAGCGAAUCAGUCCCUGCUCUACCUUGACUAGCAGUACUGCAUCCCCACCUGCUAAUAGUCCCUGUUCUACCCUACCACCAGCCAGUACGUCUGCAGCUGUUAAAGAUUGCUCUUAUGGAACUGUCACCAGUCCAACCUCCACACUGGAAAGCAGGGACAGUGGCAUUAUUGCAACUUUGACAAGCUAUUCAGAAAAUGUAGAACGUACUAAGUAUGGCGGGGAAAGUAGUAAAGAAUCGAGCUCCAGGACAAGCGCUAAACCAUGGCAUGCUCAAAAAUCUGCCUUGGAUUCCUGCCUAUAUCGAGUGGAUGAAAAUAUAUCUGGCUCCACAUUCAGCUUGAAUAAAUUCCCAGAAAGAAACUUGGAGACUGUCUCAUCUCAGUCUGUUCACUCCAUCCCUCUGUACCUGAUGCCUCGACCAAAUUCUGUUGCAGCUACAAGUUCUGCUCAUCUAGAAGAUCUAGCUUAUCUUGAUGAACAGCGACACACACCGUUGCGGACAUCUCUGAGAAUGCCACGGCAGCAUGUGGUCGGAGGUCGCACCCCACAGGACCUUCGAGCCUCCACUAAUGCCCAUGCUUGGCACACUCAUUCACUACGCUUUGCACCAUACAGACCUCCAGAUAUCUCCUUGAAGCCACUUCUGUUUGAAGUACCCAGCAUCACCACUGAUUCAGUGUUCAUUGGUCGGGACUGGCUCUUCCAUGAAAUAGAUACACAGUUAAAAUGUGGUAACCCGAGUGUGAACAGAGGGGUAGUGAUUAUAGCCAAUAUUGGAUUUGGGAAAACAGCCAUCAUCUCAAGACUGGUUGCACUCAGUUGUCACGGUUCUCGAAUGAGACAGAUUGCGUCUGACAGUCCACAUGCAUCACCAAAGCAUAUAGAAGGUAGCAGGGAUCUACCACUUACACAGCCACCUCAGGCCCAUCCCUCUAUUGCCAGUGGGAGCUGCCCAAGCACACCUGAACUCCGCCGACGCCAGGAAGAAGCCAUGAAACGAUUGGCCACACAGGUGGUAGCUUACCAUUACUGCCAAGCUGACAAUGCCUACACCUGCCUAGUCCCAGAGUUUGUACAUAAUGUGGCAGCUCUACUCUGUCGAUCACCCCAACUGGUUGCGUAUAGGGAGCAGCUCCUUCGAGAACCACAUUUGCAGAGUAUGCUCAGCUUGCGCUCCUGUGUUCAAGACCCCAUGGCAUCUUUUAGAAGAGGAGUUCUCGAACCACUUGACAACUUGCGCAAAGAGCGAAAGAUUGCAGAUGAAGACUAUAUCCUCUUAAUUGAUGGCCUGAAUGAAGCAGAGUUCCACAAACCAGAUUAUGGGGACACAAUUGUGUCCUUCCUCACUAAAAUGAUUGGAAAAUUUCCAUCGUGGCUGAAAUUAAUAGUGACAGUUCGAACAACACUUCAGGAGGUGGCCAAACUUCUUCCAUUUCACAAGAUAUAUCUGGACAAACUGGAUGUGAACGAGGCAAUAGACCAGGACCUACAGGCCUAUAUCCUUCACCGAAUCCACAGUAGCCCUGAAAUCCAGAAUAACAUCUCCCUUAAUGGUAAAAUGGACAACACAACCUUUGGCAAACUCAGUACUCAUCUUAAGGCUUUGAGCCAAGGGUCAUAUCUCUACCUAAAACUGACUUUUGACUUGAUUGAGAAAGGUUACUUGGUGCUUAAGAGUUCAAGCUAUAAAGUAGUACCUGUUUCCCUCGCUGAGGUCUACCUCUUACAGUGCAACAUGAAAUUCCCAACACAAUCCUCAUUUGAACGGGUUCUACCACUGUUGAAUGUGGCUGUUGCAUCCUUGCAUCCUAUGACAGAUGAUCAGCUUUAUCAGGCAAUCAAUGCAGGAAAUAUUGAUGGUAACCUUGAGUGGGAGGAUUUCCAACAGCGGAUGGACAAUCUUUCCAUGUUUCUGAUAAAACGUCGGGAUAUGACACGGAUGUUUGUUCAUCCAUCCUUUCGAGAAUGGCUGAUAUGGAGAGAAGAUGGAGAGAAGACCAAGUUUCUUUGUGAUCCCAGGAGUGGCCAUACGUUACUGGCAUUUUGGUUCUCUCGACAAGAAAACAAACUAAACCGCCAACAGACCAUUGAGCUGGGACACCACAUCCUUAAAGCUCACAUAUUCAAGGGUCUGAGCAAAAAAGUUGGUGUUUCUUCCUCAAUACUCCAAGGGUUGUGGAUAUCUUACAGCACGGAAGGGCUAUCCACUGCAUUAGCAUCUUUACGAAAUUUAUACACUCCAAACAUCAAGGUGAGCCGUUUACUGAUUUUGGGUGGUGCCAAUGUGAAUUACCGGACAGAGGUGUUGAACAAUGCCCCAAUAUUGUGCGUCCAGUCUCACCUUGGUAAUUCGGACAUGGUUGCUCUUCUGCUAGAGUUUGGCGCGAAUGUGGAUGCGUGCUCAGAGAGUGGGCUGACUCCUUUGGGCUAUGCAGCAGCUUCUGGACAUCUCACUGUUGUUCAUCUACUUUCCAAAAGACGUGCAAAGGUGGACCAUCUAGAUAAGAAUGGACAAUGUGCUCUGGUACAUGCUGCACUGCGGGGCCACUUGGAAGUAGUUAAAUUCCUAAUCCAGGCUGAUUGGAUGCUAGCAGGACAACAGCAGGGAGUGUUUAAGAAGAGUCAUGCAGUUCAACAGGCACUGAUUGCUGCAGCAAGCAUGGGAUAUACUGAGAUUGUAUCAUAUCUCUUAGAUCUACCAGAAAAAGAUGAGGAGGAAGUGGAACGAGCACAGAUUAACAGUUUUGAUACUCUUUGGGGAGAAACAGCAUUGACUGCUGCAGCUGGGCGAGGCAAGCUGGAAGUGUGCAGACUGCUGUUGGAACAAGGAGCAGCAGUGUCACAGUCUAACCGACGGGGGAUUGUCCCACUGUUCAGUGCAGUGAGACAAGGACACUGGCAGAUCGUGGAUUUGCUGUUAACUCAUGGUGCAGAUGCAAAUAUGGCAGACAAACAGGGUAGAACGCCUCUCAUGAUGGCAGCAUCAGAGGGACACCUGGAUACCGUGGAGUUCUUGCUCACUCAAGGAGCAGCACUUUCACUAAUGGAUAAAGAGGGAUUAACUGCCCUGAGCUGGGCAUGUCUGAAGGGUCACUUGCCAGUGGUUCAGUCCCUUGUAGAAAGAGGUGCUGCCACAGACCAUGCAGAUAAAAAUGGACGGACGCCUCUGGAUCUUGCUGCGUUUUAUGGUGAUGCUGAUGUUGUGCAAUACCUUGUGGAUCAUGGAGCAAUGAUUGAACAUGUGGACUACAGUGGCAUGAGACCUUUGGACAGAGCAGUGGGGUGCCGCAAUACAGCAGUGGUGGUCACUCUCCUGAAGAAAGGAGCCAAGAUAGGUCCAGCGACGUGGGCAAUGGCCACCUCCAAACCGGACAUCAUGAUCAUCCUCCUGAGCAAGCUGAUGGAAGAAGGAGACAUGUUUUACAAGAAAGGAAAGGUAAAGGAAGCAGCACAGCGAUACCAAUACGCAUUGAAGAAAUUCCCACGAGAAGGGUUUGGAGAAGAUUUGAAAACUUUUCGGGAGCUGAAGGUGUCCUUGUUGCUGAACCUCUCACGAUGUCGAAGGAAAAUGAAUGACUUUGGAAUGGCGGAGGAGUUUGCAACCAAAGCACUGGAGCUGAAACCCAAGGCAUACGAGGCAUAUUAUGCCAGAGCUAGAGCAAAGCGAAGCAGCAGGCAAUUUCCAGCUGCUCUGGAAGAUUUGCACGAAGCUGUGAAACUUUGCCCAAAUAACCGUGAAAUACAACGUUUGUUGAUACGAAUAGAAGAAGAAUUCAGACAAAUGCAGUAUGGUCAGCAAAUGCAGUAUGCCCAACAACAACAACAGCAACAGACUCAACGAGAAGAUGUAGACUCUAUACAUGAAUUAUAUGAUGAAGAAUAUUUGGAGCAGGAGUUGGACAAUGUCUCUGUUGGCCUACAGACAGAAGCGAGAUCUAGCCAAGGACUGCCAGUCAUCCAGAGUCCACCUUCUUCCCCAGCACACCGUGAGCCCAGCUACAGAUCCAGCUCGCCUCUCAACUCCCACCAGGUUUUUGACUACAGACCAGCCACUUCGGUCUCCUCCCCGACUCGGCAGGGCUACCAGUCCACGUCACCAUCGCUUUCGCCUACUCACCAGAAUUCUCAUUAUCGGCCUAGCCCUCCGCCUACCUCCCCUGCUCAUCAGGGGUCUUCGUAUCGUUUUAGCCCACCCCCAGUGGGUGGACAAAGCAAAGAAUAUCAGUCUAGUCCCCCUCCUUCACCAUUGCGUAGAGCCCCACAGUACAGAUCCAGUCCUCCUGCUGAUAGUAUGAGUAUAUAUAGGCCUCAGUCUGGCUCACCAGUUCGGUAUCAACAAGAACCUACCAUAGGUCAGCUUCCUGGUAGGCCAAAGUCUCCUUUAUCCAAAAUGGCCCAAAGACCCUAUCAGUUAUCUCAGCCACCAGCAGGUUUACCCCAACAAGGGCUUAGAUUACAGCCAGCCAAGGCCCAAAUUGUACGCACUAAUCAGCCGAGCUCUGCAGUACAUUCAAGUGCUGUUAUACUUGGCGGGUCCUAUAAUCAGGGGCCCCAUUCCAUGAGCACUAAACUUCAAUCGUCUUCAGUUGAUAUGGCUCCUACUCAAAGUCGCUUGGUUUACCAGCCUGUAAUGGGUGGAGUGGUGGCUGACAGUAGACCUGUCCAGCAUGUACAAGCCAGUCUAAGUGCCGGUGCAAUAAGCAAUGUUUGCCAGCAUCCAGGAGCUGUAAUGACUAAAGAGGAUCACAACCAAAGACCCUCUUCUGCCUUCCGAGGAGGGAUGAGGUAUGGCCAAACCCCUCAAAUUGGUCGCAGUCAGUCUGCUUCAUAUUAUCCUGUUUCCCACUCCAAGCAUGAAUUAGAAAGGUCUUCUGUACCGUCCAGCCAGAUUGCAUCUCCAGAUGUAUCUCACAUGAUCAGGAGGGCACUCACAGUGAAUCCUCCUGAAAUUAAACCUCACCCACCAACACCUCGACCAUUGCUCCAUUCUCAAAGCACUGGCCUUCGUUUCUCCCCCUCCAACAGCAGCCUUUCUUCUAGCUCCAAUAUUGUGUCUUCAUUCCGUCCUUCUGCAUCCAUCCAACAGAUGGAGAUUCCACUCAAGCCCUCUUAUGAGAGCCGAUCUUGUGAAGAACAGUCCCCCAUCUCUCCCACACAGGGUUACCCUGGAGAUUCUGGUCGUUCCAGGACCACGCCUUUCAUGGGGAUAAUAGAUAAAACAGCACGGACACAGCAAUACACUCACAUGCACCAGCAGAGCCGGACGUGGGCUGUGUCAUCUGUUGACACUGUCAUCACCAGCCCCACCUCCUCUGGAGGAAUGUCCCCCCAGUCUGGUUCCUAUAGUCCACCCCCAGUUAGUAAUAUUGCUUUCUUCAAUAAGACUAACAACGCCCAAAAUGGCCAUCUGAUAGACGACGAUUUAUGUGUCUCCCAUGGGAAGCUGACCAAUGGAUCCCGGGCAGAGAUUUUGGAGAGGGUUAGUCAGGCUCCCUCAUACCCAGAUGUGAAGGUGGCUAGAACGUUGCCUGUUGCCCAAGCAUACCAGGACAGCAUAUAUCGGCAGCUCUCCAGAGACUCGCGACCAGGGCCAACGUCACCUUUAAAACCAAAGAGACCAUUCGUAGAAUCAAAUGUAUAAAGGGAAUUCUCUAGAUUCUAAAUCCCAUGUUGUGAGCAGGUUUGCAAUUAAACUCCUUGCACAUGUAGCCACACAGUGCACUGUACAAUGAAGCUGCUUCCACUUACAUAUGAAAUAAGCCAGAAAAGAAACCAAUAGUGGGUUCAGUUCCAUUCCGUUGCUUAAUUAUGAGUAGUUUCUAACUUUUCUAACUAUUGUACAAAAGUUUAAAUGUCAGGAACGAAAAAGGUGAUAUGAAUAUCAAAGUAUGAAUGCUCAAGUGAUGAAUGUUUAGCCUAAUGCAUCAGAUCAGUUUGUUUUUAUUUUACAUAGGAAGGUUAACAUAUUAUGAGUAAUUUUAUUUAGGCUUUUUAAAGAAGUCUGACACAAGUUACAAUAAGGUGCAGAUAAUGACAUUUAUUUUCAAAGAUACUGCUGUGUUUGUACAGCUUGUAAUCAGUUUACUAUGAUUUAUAUGUAAUGCGUGUAUUACACUGAACUGUUGGUACGUUUCCAGAACCUCAGACACCAAUCUGCAUUUUAUCUUGAAAUCAGUUCUCUGCACUAGCAUGGGAUCAGGACUAAUUUACCUUCAACGAUACACAGUGAGUGUUUGCUUCAGCUGCGAGGUUAUUCUGUUUAAUACUGUAAAUGUUGUAUGAAGUUUUGCUCUCUACCAAUCUGUAGUUGUUAAUAUUUAAGAGUAUUUUAAGUUAAGUCAACUUACAUCAGGUAAUUUUUUAAAAAAAACUUUAUUUUAAACCAGGUGCAACUAUUGUUAAAUUUAUGAAUAGAAGGGGACAUUCCCAAAGCAAAGAAUAUGGGAGCUAAUUUUCCACUGGCAUUCUCCCACUCCUUUGGCUUUUCUUUAACAGAAGAGCCACAGAAACUCUGGAGAAAGGGCAAUGACACCUUUUUUUUUCUGGGUUUUUCGGUGCUAUCUCACCACGAGUGGGGGAAUGUUACCAGGCUACUUUCCAUUUUUAUUGGCUGGCUUCUCCAUCUCUUGCAUUAACUGCAGUGUUCUGUCACAUCUCUCUUGAAAAGAAAACCAGGCACUCGUACAGAAAUUUCUUUAUAAUUUUAAUGUCAACACUGGAACACUUUCACAAUUCACACCUCACUUCUGCCAUUCAGCAACUGGAAGCAUAAUUGCCUUAACAUUUCUAAUAUAAAAUAACUGUUUUUAAAAGUUGCAACAAACACUUUUGAGAAAUGUUCUGUAGACCUUGGCAAUUUGUAUUCCUAAUAUAGUGAAAUUUUGUUAGCAAAUGAUUUGAUGAGUUGAAAUGUGCCAUCCUGAUAAGAAGAAACACCAUGCCUGUUAAACAUGACUGUCAUAUUGGUAACCUGUGUUAUUUUAAAAUAUAUUUAGCAGUAAUUCUUAGUCAGAUUUGAUUGCCCUGAUCAAAAAGCUCCCCAUUCACUUCUGAAUCUUUCUUCUCCUCUAUUUGUUUCAGAAAUUCCACUUUCUUUGUACAAUUUAGGGUCCCAAACUAGAAAUUUCACUAUCUGGUUAGAACAGAACAAAACUAGUCCUGUUUGGUCCAUUGUUCUUUAAAUCUGGAAAUACCAUAGAUGUUUAAUAGUGUAUUAAACUGGGUCAAUUUUUUCCAAUUAACAUCCCUGAAUUUGUUUCUGAUUUUAUUUUGCAUGAUUAUUUUUUCAGUUACCUCCUUACCCCUUCCUCUUGUUUCUGUAUUGUUCAGAGUGUGGAGCUCUUGAUAUCCUGAUUUGAAAACUGAACCACAGUUACUGUGGAAUGAAGUUCAUUCCUUUCUUGCUUCUCCAGGUCUUCCCAAUGUGAAAUGUUUCACUCUGCUUGCCACAACUUCACUCUACCUAAUGAACAUCAGGAAUUCACUCUAUCAACACUGUUCCACGAUGCACCAUUUUCUCUCCCUUUAUUACUCAUACUUUUGAACACUCAUUUUUAUCACUCAUACCUUUUAUUCACUGCCUUCCAUUUCUCAGUUUCCUUUUCUGAUCACAUGAAUUGGUCAGUUGCUGACUUCAUUUGUGAUGUUGUGUCUCAGUUGUGUCUACUUCACUGUCAUGUAAUUCUAUUCAUAUUUGGAAAUGUCCCCUAAAUGCAGUUCAGCUUAACAAAGUUAUAUGAGGUCAUUUUAGCAUUUGCACAAGGAUAGGCAAAAAAACCCACGAUGUGCAGUUCCUUAAGUACAGCAGCACAUUAUUUCACAGAAUUCUUACACUGAAAGUUUGUCAUCCGCAUUUCCUGUAUAUGAGUGCACUUUAUCGUUAACCUUUAUAUAGUGGAAUGAUAAUCGUGACUAGUGUUCUCAGUAGGAGAUAAACAGUUGUAACUCUUAGUGUAUUUCACAGAAAAAGAAGAAGCAAAAUACUAAAUUUUUAGCACAAAUGAUUUGCUGUAAAUAAAUGUCACAGUGUCGGGCAUUAAUCCAGUAUCCCUCAAAUGCUCUUCCUUGGAAACUUCAACAGUGCACAACUUAACUCUCACUUUCACCAUGUAUAUGUUGUGUGUAAAAUUGAAAUGGUACAUGCUAUCUAAAUACAUACAAAAAUCAGUCUUCUGCCAUAUGCCUAUAAUAUUUUUAUAAUGUAGAAUCCAGUAGUUGAAACCUACCAUUCUAUUGAUAAAAGAUGGCAUGUAAAGUAUGCUGAUUACACACUAUCUUGUUUAUGAAUCUAGAUUAGAACAGCACAGCUAAAUAUUAAGGACGAGUAUUUGGAUUUGCUGUCUGCAGCUUCCAUUGAACUCUAGAUAGAAGAAACUUGAUUUGCAAGGGUUAGUGAGGAGAAACAGGAAGAGAAGAGCCUCCCAAAGCUGCCAGGAAGAUAGAUGCUACAGAUGGACAGACUCCAUGAGCCACACGGAGUCUAGCAUAAGCAUCUACAUAUGCAGUUCCACAUGAAGUGUUGAAGUAAUUGAUAAUUACCAGCACCAGAGGCCAGAAAUCCUUUUGCAAAAUUACCAUUGUAGAGUGUACCAAUGCAGAAGGAGCAACAUAGAAAACAGUUGUAUUGUUUAUCUUGACUCUAUGUGACAAAAUGCAUAAUUAACCGCACGGUUUGGUUUAUAUCCUGAAUUAAUCUUGACCAUGCCACAGUUCAACAAAUUAAAACCUAAUGUGGAGUUAAGUUGUGUUGAUUGAAUGUUUCCUCCAGCCUGCAGCUUUGAAAGUGCCAGGAACUUGCUAACUCACCCAAUAUCACUGCAACUCCCUACACUCGAUGUCAAUAUCUAGCUAACUCUACGCAGACCAGUUAAAAACUACAUACUUUUGUUAUGAAGGCACACAUUUACACGUGUUACUGAGUCUUGCAGUUCGUGCUGAAGAAAUAGUUGUUACUUUUGGUAGUCCAACUUGUGGCCAGUGUGAAUAAUGCACUCCUAAUGCCAAUGGAGCAAUGGGAAUUGCCCCUCAACUGAAGGACCAUUUUAUAAGUGUGUUAAAUUUACUUUCUGGCGUAUUUACAGAACACUAAAUUGCUGCUAUAUAUGGCUAUAAUUUACUCAUAAAUUUAAUUUAUGACGCUUGGCAUUAAAGUUACUUACAGCUCCUGAUAUAAAGAGAAACUGUCACCCUCAGCAACAAACAUCCUUCUAAUUACUCCAAUGAUGUUCUGAAGCUCCCUCUUUAACUGAAACAAAUUGAGGCAUUAAUACUUUAACCUUUGUUUAUAAAAUGCAAGUGCACACAAAGUAAAUUCAGUGUACUUACCACGCAGUUAUUGGUUUUUAAACAAAAUAGAAACCUAAUCCAUAUGAAAGCGCAGCAACCUUUAUCCUAGCACAAGAAAAAGGGGUCGGGGUCCAUCAGGGGGAGGGAGUUGUAAAAUCAAGUCUAUAUAGACCAACAAUAUGUCUUAAAAUAUAUCAAUAAAUCACCGUGGAGAAACUGGUUAAACCUUGUAAUAUGCAGUGUUGGAAAGCUACUUCAGGAAUUUACUGUUUCAAAAGUGCCAUGAUUUGAAAUGUAAUUUAGUAAAUACAUAUCUGCAGAUAUCUUACUGAUCAUCAGUUGCUUCCCUCUCUUUCUAUCUCAUCAUUGCACAGUUCAGUAUUUGAUAUUUGGACUGGCUUAUUUUCCCACGUUCAUCGUAGAGUUUAGGGAGGAAAUUAAAAUAUUGGGGCAAGGUGCAAUACAUAGUCCAUGGAUAUCAAUUAUUAGACCUUUAUCAGAAUUAUCAUGAGCUCUAUGAAGUUUCAGAAUGUUGUUUAUUGAAAUGUACAUGUACACCUUCAUUCUAAUUUUGAAUAUAGUUAGGUAUACUUGCAGUUAAGAUUAUCAAACUUUUAAUGGUGAUUAACACUCCAGGUAGAUAGCACACUUCAGAUCUAAAACAGCCUGGUCUUUUCAUCUAUUUGGAUUCAAUCAAAACAGAAACAACGUAUAGUAUAAAUUAAUUUCCUUCUUACUGAGGAGUGCAAUUUUUUUUUAAGUAAAUAGAUACAGAAACAGCUGCGGCAGGGAUGCAUGUAGGUACUUUUUUCUCCCCUUGAAAAUGAUUGAACAGAAUACUAAACAUUUGAAUGUAAUUACAGAAAAUUAAAUUGUACCAUGUCAUUUCUGUGUGGAUUCAUGGAUUCUUUUAUUUUCUCUGUACUGUUAAUAAUGCUCCAAGAAGGCAUCUGUACACAGUGAGACACCAGCUGGGAAACUGUAUAAAAGUCUUUGGUUUUCUGUUGUGUCUCUGUCUUUCGACUCAUCCCUCUCUCUCUCUUUCUCUCUCUCUCUCUCCCCCUAACUUUUGAUGUAAAGAAUUUUUCUCUGUAUAUUAUAAACUGCAUGUUUUGUUCCAGUACUGAUUAAUAAUUACAGAAGGUUGUGAUAUUGUAUCCAGGUCGCUCUGGGCUGCGGCCCCUUCCAUAUUUUGGAUAGAGAUUUCUCUUUGCUGUAUUGCUUGCUGAGCAGAGUAAUAUUGUCUGUACAUGUGGGCUGUGAGUUAGUGCAAAACAAAACAAAAAAAUAAACGAAUGCUUCUGUUUUUAUUUUUGAUUUACAGAUUGUGAUCUGUACAAUUUACUGUAUGAAAAUACUGUACCUAUUUAUAAAUGGUUA